AUGGCCACGUCCUCUGGAACCCCCCUUGGCUCCAAAAACCUUCCUACCAUCGACCUUCGGGACCAUAGAUCAAAUGUGUCAAAGAGCAUUGUUGAGGCAUGUGAUCAAUUUGGGUUUUUCAAGGUGAUCAACCAUGGUGUCCCAAAGGACAUUAUAGAAAAAGUACAACAAGAAGGGUUUAGUUUCUUUGCUAAACCAACGUUUGUAAAACAACAAGCUGACCAAGCUAGCCCGGCCAAUCCUCUUGGCUAUGGCCACAAGAAUAUAGGUGCCCUUGGAGAUAAAGGAGAGCUUGAGUAUCUUUUACUUAGUACUCACCCAUCUUACAUUGCUGAAAAAUCCAUUACCAUUUCUGAUGAUCCUUCACGAUUCAGUUCUGCCGUAAAUCGUUACAUCCAAGCAGUUAGGGAUCUAACAUGUGAGCUAUUAGAGCUGAUAGCAGAGGGGCUAUAUGUCAAGGACAAAUCGGUUUUCAGUGGGUUGAUUAGGGACGUAGAGAGUGACUCACUCCUCAGGCUUAAUUACUAUCUACCCACUUCUAAAGAUGAUGGUAUUGGGUUUGGAGAACAUUCUGACCCUCAGCUCUUGAGCAUUCUUACAUCAAACAAUGUUGCUGGCCUCCAAAUUCUUGUUGAAAAAGAUGCGUGGAUUAGUGUCCCAGCUGACCCCAAUGCCUUUUGGGUUAUUGUGGGUGACAUGUUACAGGCUCUAACAAACGGAAGAUUUGUGAGCGUCCGGCACAGGGUAUUAACAAAUACAUCCAAGCCUAGAAUCUCAAUGGUAUAUUUUGGAGCUCCCUCCCUGCAAGCAUCAAUUUCUGCACCUCCAGAAUUGCUUAGACCCAUUGGCCACUCUCUCUACAGGACCUUCACUUGGAAAGCGUACAAGGAAAAAUUAUACUCACAAGGUCUCGCGGCAACACGUCUUGAUGGUUUCAAGAAAUAG